AUGGCGUCCUUCACGGAAGCCGUGCUCCAUCAGCCCGAGAUCGCGGCGAUCGUGUUUGAGUUUCAGUUUGGUGUCUACGAAGACGUGCUUGCCCGCUUCCGCGCCUUCAACGAUUUCGUCAACUGCGAGCUCGUGGUCGAACACCACACGGGCGAGUGCGUGCUCGACCCGGCCUUCCACACGACGCUGCGAGGGCGUGGUGACUUGCAUGAAGAGCUUCGUGUGGAAAACCUCUGCCUCAAUGCGCUCAAUGAGCGCGACGCGCGCUUCCCGCUGCACUUUGCCAUCGCCGAAGGCGACCUCUCUGCGACCAAGCGCAUCAUCCGCUGCCGCGCUGACCUUGUCUUUGUGGAUGCCAUUGCCGCCGCCGCCAUGUGGGACCGGCUCGAGAUCGCGGCCUACCUCUCGGAGCUCCGGAAGUCCAAUAGCCUCCUCGACCGUACGUACGACGACUCGUGUGGGAUCGAUACGUGGGUUCCAAAGCACCUCGUCGAGACGGGGAACUUGGACAUGUUGCGCAUCCUACGGGACCACCGCCGGGCCGAGUGGUCGCACGAGUUGCUUGACUACGCGAUCGCCAAUACGGAUGCGGAGACGACGGCUUUUCUCUACCAGUGCAUGCCGGACGCAAUCGGUGACGACUUUAUGGACGACGCUGCACGCAUGGGACUCCUCGAUAUCGUCAUCGACCUGCACCACCAGGGUAGAGGGUGCCCAGAAGAAGCCAUAUUCUACGCAGCAGGUGAAGGUCAUUUGGACAUCGUCAAGUUUCUUCACGCGCAUGUUACCGAAGACGACAUGACGGAUGCAAUGGAUGCGGCCGUUGAAUACGGUCACAUGGAUAUCGUCCGCUUCCUCAUCGAGCACGAGUGCGACGACCCGAAUCGUCUCAGUCUCGACUUGGUCGCCUACUAUGGUCACCUCGAGCUGUUCAAGUACCUCGAAGGGCUAGGGGGCCGUCACGUGACGACCGCCGCUGUUGACAGCGCCGUUGCCAUGGGCCACCUCCAUGUCGUCGAGUAUCUCUUGACGCAUCGAAGCGAAGGCGGCAGCCGCGACACCGUCGUCCUUACUGCAAUGGAGCGCGGUCGCAACGACAUGACCGUGUACCUUGUCUCGGCGGGGUACCCAUUUCCGACGACCGCGGAGCUGCCGUUGGAAAUUUGCCUCACAAGACCCGAGGCACGUGCCGUCGUGCAGCUGCUCCUCGACCACAAGAUCCCGUUCACGCCCGCGAUGCUAACAACGGUACGUGCCCACGCCACCGGCGACGUCCUUCAACUCGUCGAAGCCCAUUUCCCAGCGUCGGCGCUGACCCGCGAGGCGCUCGUCGACCCGCCUAAUGCUCCAACUCCCAAGGUCGUCUGCCGCCGGCCCAAAGUCGUAGUCGCAGACUGGCACUCACUUCAGCGAGCCGCGUGCGCAGGGCGUGAACUGACGGCGCCACAACUCGCCCUCCUUGAAGCGAGCGUGACGGACGUGCGCUAUAUGCUGACUUCGUGGUGUAAAAUGCAGCAUUUUCCAGUGGUCAAGCUCGUGCUGCCGUAUUGCAUGGACGACGCCAAUCCCAUUGACAACGUCAAAUUUCUCGUCGACUGGUGCCUCGAGUGCUCGCAAGACGCCAACAGAGCCACGCUGCUGUUGUUCAAGGCCGAGAUGGUGCGCCAAGCGACGACCGGCAACAUCCUCCUCAGCAACACGGACGCUGGCGUCAACGUCGAGACGCUGGCAGCGACGCUGCUUGCGCUCGGGGCGACCAUUUAUCCAACGCCUGGCGGGCAAACGUUCGAGCAAACGCUCGACAAGCCGGCGCUCGUCGACUGGGGUCUCACGGCGCUGUUUGUGCAUUUCUGGACGGUUGAUCCCGUCUACCACGUCGAGGCGCUCGUGCGGUGGGCCGACCAGAUCGCCAACUACGAGAUGAAGACGCGCCUCCAGCGCCUUCUCAAGACCAAAAUGAAGCGUCUCGGGCACGCACUCACCCUUCUCAAGGUUGGCGCGAAGCUGCCGGCGACGACGCUCACGGAGCACCGGUUGUUUGAAGGCGAGGGCUGCGCCAUUGGCGCGAACCCCAUCGACCUCCACGCGGCCUCGAAGAACAAGACGGUGGCCAUCUUUGGUCUGCCCGGCGCCUUCACGCCGACGUGCUCCGAGUCGCACUUUGCGGCGUUCCUUGACCACCACAAGGACUUUGUCGCCGCGGGUGUCGACGAGAUUUGGUGCAUUGCGGUCAACGACCCGUUCGUCAUGGGCGCGUGGGGCCGCUCGCUCAACGCGACGGGCAAGAUCCGCAUGAUCAGCGACGGCGACGCGGCCUGGACCAAGGCCAACGACCUCGUCUUCGACUUGACGGGCAAGAGCAUGGGCGUCCGCAGCACGCGCUACUCGCUCCUCGUCAAAGACGGCGUCCUCGCCGCCGUCAACAUUGAUGCGCCCGGCAAGUUUGAAGUCAGCGACGCCGCGACGCUCCUCGCGCAGGCCAAGAAGCUCUAA